AUGACAUCCAAAAUCACCAGCGGCUAUGCCGUCAUCACCGGAGCCGGCGGCGGCAUCGGCAAAAAUACCUGUCUCUCCUUCGCCAAAUCCGGCGCCUCCGGCAUCCUCCUCGCAGACCUCUCUCUCUCAUCCGCCCAAUCCGCCGCGCAAGAAUGUAAAUCCUACGCAUCCAACCCCGACUGUCGUAUCCUCUCCAUCCACGUCGAUGUGACAGACGAGCAAAGCGUGCAGAAAAUGGUCGAUACAGCCAUCAAAGAAUUCGGCCGUAUAGAUUAUUACGUGCAUAGCGCUGGUAUCGGCACCAGCACCUCCUCCCCCCUGGGCUCCCUGCCCCUCUCCGAAUUCGACCACAUCCUCAGCACCAACAUGCGCGGCACGCUCCUCUGCAACCGCGCCAUCGCAAGCGCCAUGCUCCUCCAAGAACCUCUCUCCUACCAAGGCCGCUACACCGCGCGCUCGCUCGGACGCGGCUGCAUCGUGAAUCUCGGCUCCGCGAACUCCGUCGUGGCGUUUCCCGGGAAAACCGCCUACACCAUCGCGAAACAUGCCGUGGUUGGCAUUACGAAAUCCGGAGCAGUCGACUAUGCCCCCCACGGCAUCCGCAUCAACGCCAUCUGUCCGACCUGGGUAGCCGGCCCCAUGAAUACGCACGAAGCAGCCCUCAACCCGCACUUCGAGCACAUGGUGCAAGCUGCCGUGCCACUGAAGCGCGUGGCGCAGCCCGACGAGGUAGCUGACGCCAUUCAUUUUCUGUGCAGCCCAGCUGCGACGUUGAUAAUCGAUGCGGGGUCGGGGUUGACGGUGCGUUUGUUCUAG